AUGGGUAGAACUCACUUAGGUUAUGUUUGUGCCUGCGCGUGUGUCUUUCUUCAACUUCUUGGGAAAAGUCGAGAGGAGUUGGUUCCAGAACCGAGCAGUGAGCAGUCCCGCCAGUCUAGCGCAGACGUGAUUAUGCGGGAAGAUGCAGAAGAGAUGUUUUACAGCAUAGAUUUGGAGAAAUACGACGGAGUAAAAUGUCCGGAUCCAAUCCCCCCAGAAAAUGGUGCAAUAGUUGGCGAAGGCAACAAAGUGGGCUCUGUCGUGUAUGUCGAAUGUCGACUAGGCUACAGACUCGAUGGACCUGCCGUGUUGGCAUGCGUGCCUACCUCAGAUGGAGCUGAGUGGGACUCCACCGACUCAAGACACUGUAUAGAACUGGGCGACAAAGACAACCAUCACGAAACAGUCACGGUAAAGCCAGGAACCGAACCUGGAAUUCAAUCAAGCAGUCACGAGCAGAUCCCAAUGCCAGCAUCUAUCGACCCUGCACAGCACCUGCGGCUAGGAGCAAACAGCCACGACCACUUUAUUAACCAUGAUAUGGAAGCAGAUUCAGGUAGCAAAAACUCGAUCCCCUUGCAGUGCUUGGAUAAGCCAGAAGAAGGACCAUGCAGAGCAUCCUUCAAAAGGUACUACUUUAGCAAGACGACAAUGGAAUGCCACACGUUCAUAUAUGGCGGUUGCCACGGAAACAAAAACAACUUCAACACAAUGACAGACUGUAAUCUCGCGUGUUUAGGACAUCAAUGA